AUGAAUCCACACCAGCAGAACAAGGUUGACAUUAGCUCUCUUAGUCCCGAUGAGCAACGUCUACUCCGACUAUACGGCAAGGUUCCGACCAAGAAAGACCUCCUCCAGAACAAACUCAAGGAACGCAAGUACUUUGAUUCCGGCGACUACGCAUUGAGCAAGGCCGGCAAAGCGUCCGACAUUGGCGUGACCAACGUUGGCUCUCGCCACCCAGUACCUGAGAACAUCCCUCAUCUAACAUCGACCUCACCAGGCACCAACAACCCAGCUGGAAACAAUGGCAACAAUGGCGGCGGCGGUGCCGCUGGUGGCGGAAAUGCUGGUCCUGGCACUACGGUGACCCAGGCCAACCCUAUCCCCGGCACCGUUAGCGGCCAUCCAGGCUCUGUGAGCUUCCAGAACCGCAGUCCUAUCAAGGAAGCCAGCUUUUUGCAGCGCGGGACAGGUGUCGACGAGUCUGAGAAACCAAGUGAAGAAGGCCAGAAAGAGAAUGACGAUGCCAGCGUCAGCCCGCCGCCAGCCAAAGAAGGCGUGCCGAUCCCACAAUAG